AAACCGUCCUGAAUCAUGGACGAAGCCUUGCAAGAAUGCACUCUUAGGCCCAGUCCUUUUUGGUGGAUCGGGUCAUGCCAUGUUCCCUUCUUGUUUGGACAUCAGGACGCGGUGACGGGUAUCGACAGCUACACUCGAGAGCGAGCCGUCACUUGUGGGGGUCGUGACAACACGCUGCGCAUCUGGAAGGUCGUCGAAGAGUCACAGUUGGUGUAUCAGAGCCACAGCUGCUCUGUGGACUGUGUGAGCAUGAUCAACGAGCAACACUUCAUUUCUGGUGCUGACGAUGGGUCCCUGUGCCUGUGGACGGCAAUGAAGAAGAAGCCGACCUGCGCUGUUCUCCAGGCCCACGGUGCUCGCGACGGGUCUCCGUUGUGGCUCACUGCUCUGGCUGCACUCCGCUGCACCGACCUAGUUGCCUCGGGAUCUUCCAAUGGAGAAGUGAAGUUGUGGAGUUGCGGUGAUGACUGCAAGAGGCUGACUGAAGUCAUCUCGAUUCCUCUGGAGGGCUUUGUGAACGAGCUUGUGUUCAGCAACUCUGGACAACUGCUGGUUGCGGCGGUUGGUCAGGAGCACAGGCUGGGACGCUGGUGGAACCUGAGGAAAGCCAAGAACUGUGUCGCCAUCGUACCUCUCAAGAUUUCCGACCGACCAGUAGCAGCCCUGGCAGAUGCCUCUGCUAAGCCUGUCCUCAAAGGAAAACUCUUGACCACGUUGUCGAUCACCAAGAGAUCCGGGACCGACGCCAAGCAGGGAGGCUGCUGAGGUUAAAUCCCGUCGUCUGGAGGGCCGUCUGCUUCGACCAGUCUGCCGACGUCUCCUCGCACCGAAGAGCCAUAGACAUGAAGUGGCGAUAGAAGCAGAUUGCAAGCCUUUCAUCAACAACAGAAGUCGGCGUGGAAGUGGCAGCCUUCCGGCGAUGGGGAAAAAACCGUGUUUUGUCGGGUAUCACUGCGCAGCUUCUCGCACUUGCGAGACAAAUGACGGCUGUGCCGCGAAACCCAGAAUUUGGGAGCGGCCGGUUCGAUGUUGCUGCAGCAGUCGUUCCCUCAAGCUCAAUCGCAAGAUUGCUUGUUUUUUUAAACUGUGCAGAGCUUGUUUCUUUGUAGUGUUAUGCGCUUUGCAAUAAAUAUUUAUUGAGCUCUUA